AUGGUUUCUGAAGAUUCGUCCUCAGGGAGUUCACCUCCUUUUCAGGGUAGAUCUAACUUUUGGGUUCUCGUAUAUGGCGCCGGUACUGCUACAGUUAUUUUAGGCGGGUUCCGAUUUUAUACUAGAGUACUCUGUCGAAUUCCUAAUUCGUUGGAAAUUCCCCGGCAGGAUUAUCGCCGUAGAUAUCUAUACGGGAAGGUGACGUCUGUGGGAGAUGGAGAUAACUUCCGGUUCUACCAUUUACCGGGAGGUAUCUUUGCUGGAUGGGGAUGGCUAAGGGAAACUCCUGAAAUCAAUCAAUUCAAAAAACUCAAAGAUCAAACAAUUCAUGUCAGACUCUGUGGAGUUGAUGCACCAGAAAGAGCUCAUUUUGGAAAACCAGCACAGCCAUUUGGAGAUGAGGCUAUGGACUGGCUUAGAAGCUUUAUUCUUGGGAAAAGAGUCUAUGUAAAGCCUCUGCAUAUGGAUCAGUAUAGUCGUACUGUGUCAAAGGUAGAAAUGCUUCGAUGGAAUGGCUUCAGGGAUGUCAGCGCCGAGAUGCUCAAGGCCGGAAUGGGUACAGUUUACGAGGCCAGGAUGGGUGCGGAAUUUGAUGGAAGAGAGGCACAUUAUAGAAAAUACGAGAAGAAGGCCAAGGGCCGUAAGAAAGGCAUGUGGAGUAUUUCAAAGAAGAACCGUAUGUCUCCACGUGAGUACAAAAAUAAGUAUUCGUGA